AUGGGCAAUUACAGAAGUAAACUCAGAGGGCUUGGGUGCCCUGAGCUGGAUGUGAACUCUCUCAAAAGAAAGCAAGCACAUGAGAAGACACCUUCAAAGAAUCUCAAAAAGCCAAGAAAGGCUGAGGUGAACUAUUUGCCACCUCACCCACAAGGAGAAACAGAGGGAAGCUUGGAAAAGGAAAGAUUGGAACUUCUUGAUGAAGUGAAGAAGAGGAACAACUACCGGAUCAUCAGUGAAAAAAUGGCCAAAACAUUCUCGAAUCGCAGACAGGAAGUUGUUAAUCUGGCACCACCUGUGAAUGACUUCAGAAGUAGAUGGCCUGCGCUUUUUGAUGCAGCACAGAUAAAUGAUGAAUUCCAAAGGAUCACCACUGUUAACUUGGAAACAACAUUCAUGGCAAAACUGGACCAGUAUUCCACAAGAAUAAUGUCCCUGGUCUCUUCAAAAGGUGGUGCUGCAAAAAUUAAGAUUGAGCGCAUCAGGAACAUGUUGCAAGAGAGUUUGGUGGAAACAAGAAGAGAGGUCGCAAUCCGUUGCCUGAUGGUGUAUUUGAAAGAGAAAGAAGAGGAUCUCUUCAGAGAACAGCUGUGCCCUCACGAUGCUGCAGGAUUGCUCUCCCCCCGCUUCAGGACACCUGCACCAGGAGAUGCCGGACUAGAGCAGCGCAGAUACUGUGAGAAAGAGUGA